AGAGUUUCCCUCUGAGUGACCUGCUGAUACAGACCAGUGCUUCACAGGUCCAGCUGAUCUUCAUCAAUCCCCUAAAAACGGGACUCUACCGGAUCUGUUUCCAUGGAAACUCCAGCAGAAAGUUCAGUCUGGUUGUCCCAUUGCUCAACGGCAGCGUGGUCAGCAAGAGGAUUCUGGGUUUCCUCGUCAGAGAGACAGUGAUUAACUGUUGCCAUCGGCGACGGUUAGAAAGUGACUCUGCCCCCCCACCCCAUGUCAGAAGGAAGCACAUGAUCAAUGACAUCAUCCUCCGCUACCGCCUCCGCCUCUCUGAACCCGCCUUCUACUCCGCCCUGUUCCAGGACCCCUAACCCCGACCUUUAAAGGGACAGUUCACCUUGAAAAUAAAAACACAUAUUGUUCCUCUGA